ACGCCUGCAGAGCCGGCUGCUGGUGCAGCGGCUGCUGAAGCGGUGGGUGUUGCCGCACCCGGACCUCCUACUUCCGAGCCAGGGCCUAGCCUCCAGGUGGGGAGGCGGGACGUGGUUGGGCCGUGGCGGUGUAGGUGCUGCGAGGCCACCGACGCUCAGACUCAGGCUGCGGCCUGUUGGCGCCUGCCAGGGAGGCGCCCACUCUCCGGUCAGGAUAAGAUGGCGGCGAUGGCGCCCGGAGGUGGCGGCGGCGGCGGCGGCGGCGGCGUGAAUCCGUUCCUCAGCGAUUCGGAUGAGGACGACGACGAGGUAGCGGCCACCGAGGAGCGGCGGGCAGGACUUCGGCUGGGUACCGGCGUGGGCCUGGACCCCGGCUCUGCGGGCUCGCUGUCGCCACAGGAUCCCCUGGCCUUGGGGAGCGGCGCGCGGCCGGGGGUCCCGGCGGAGGCGGCGGCGGCGGCGAUGGCCCUGGGGGGCGCCGGGGAGACCCCGGCUCGCUUGUCGAUCGAUGCCAUCGCCGCCCAGCUGUUGCGCGAUCAGUACCUGCUGACUGCCCUGGAGCUGCACACGGAACUGUUGGAGAGCGGCCGCGAGCUGCCUCGGCUGCGCGACUACUUCUCCAAUCCAGGCAACUUCGAGAGGCAGAGCGGUACCCCGCCGGGGAUCGGGGCUCCCGGGAUCCCCGGAGCGGCGGGCAUCGGAGGCGCUGCAGGUCGGGAGCCGAGCACGGCGUCGGGCGGGGGACAGCUCAAUCGAGCUGGAAGCAUAAGUACUCUUGAUUCUUUAGACUUUGCAAGAUAUUCAGAUGAUGGUAACAGAGAAACGGAUGAGAGAGUAGCAGUCCUGGAGUUUGAACUACGGAAAGCCAAGGAGACCAUUCAGGCCCUCCGAGCCAACCUGACAAAGGCUGCAGAACAUGAAGUUCCUUUACAGGAACGAAAAAAUUACAAAUCAAGUCCUGAAAUUCAGGAGCCAAUCAAACCUCUUGAAAAGAGAGCUCUAAACUUCUUAGUCAAUGAAUUUUUAUUGAAGAAUAACUACAAGCUUACAUCAAUAACAUUUUCAGAUGAAAACGAUGACCAGGAUUUUGAAUUAUGGGAUGAUGUAGGAUUAAAUAUUCCAAAACCUCCAGACUUAUUACAACUUUAUCGAGAUUUCGGGAAUCAUCAAGUGGCUGGGAAAGAUCUUGUUGAUGUGGCCAGUGGAGUAGAGGAAGAUGAGCUAGAGGCUCUUACACCAGUUCUAGGUAGCCUUCUUCCUCCAACCCUGAAUACCCCUCAGCCUGAUGAGAAUUCCUUGCUAGUACAGACACUAGAAGAUAAAAUUAGCUUAUUAAAUAGUGAGAAAUGGUCAUUGAUGGAGCAAAUCAGAAGACUUGAAAGUGAAAUGGACUUCCUCAGAAAUGAACGCUUUGCCAUACCAGCAGUUUGUGAUGCUGUUCAACCAUCCUUGGAUCAGCCUUGUUCCAAAGACUCUACAGACAGUGGACAGAGUACACUUGUAAAUAGUUCUGACCAGGGUAAAAAGCAGAAAGCCCAUCUGUCAGUAUCAGAUGAAGUUGAUUCCACUAUUCCUAAAGAAAAUUCCUCAGAUUCUUUUCCCAGGAGAGAAAGAGAAGGAAUUCCAUCUUCUUCUCCAUCAAGUAAAAAUGCCGUUCAUUUUGAUAAACCCAAUAGGAAAUUGUCUCCUGCUUUCCACCAGGCAUUACUGUCUUUUUGUCGAAUGUCAGCAGAUAGUCGUUUAGGAUCAGAGGUGUCUCGGAUUGCAGACAGUGAAAAAAGUGUUAUGUUAAUGCUGGGGCGCUGCCUGCCCCACAUUGUUCCUAAUGUGCUGUUGGCCAAGAGAGAGGAGUUGAUUCCCCUCAUAUUAUGUACAGCGUGCCUACAUCCUGAGCCUAAAGAGAGAGAUCAGCUGCUCCAUAUUCUUUUCAACUUGAUCAAGAGACCAGAUGAUGAGCAAAGGCAGAUGAUAUUGACAGGUUGUGUGGCAUUUGCACGUCAUGUUGGACCUACACGUGUGGAAGCUGAACUUUUACCACAGUGUUGGGAACAGAUUAAUCACAAAUACCCAGAAAGACGACUACUUGUAGCAGAAUCCUGUGGAGCACUGGCACCUUACCUUCCUAAAGAAAUUCGUAGCUCCUUGGUCCUUUCAAUGUUACAACAGAUGUUAAUGGAAGAUAAGGCUGAUUUAGUAAGAGAAGCUGUGAUCAAAAGCCUUGGUAUCAUUAUGGGAUACAUUGAUGAUCCUGACAAAUAUCAACAGGGUUUUGAAUUGUUGCUGUCAGCUUUGGGUGAUCCCUCAGAAAGAGUAGUUAGCGCAACACAUCAAGUAUUUUUGCCAGCUUAUGCUGCCUGGACUACAGAACUUGGGAAUUUACAGUCUCAUCUUAUACCUACACUACUGAACAAGAUUGAAAAGCUGCUCAGGGAAGGAGAACACGGGCUGGAUGAACAUAAGCUCCACAUGUAUCUUUCUGCCCUGCAGUCCUUGAUCCCAUCUCUCUUUGCAUUAGUGCUACAGAAUGCACCUUUCUCAAGCAAAGCCAAGCUUCAUGGUGAAGUGCCACAGAUAGAAGUGACUAGGUUCCCUCGGCCUAUGUCACCUCUGCAAGAUGUGUCUACCAUUAUUGGAAGCCGUGAGCAGUUGGCGGUGCUACUACAACUUUAUGAUUACCAGCUAGAACAUGAGGGCACAACAGGCUGGGAGAGCUUACUAUGGGUUGUCAAUCAAUUGUUGCCACAACUUAUAGAAAUAGUUGGCAAAAUUAAUGUUACUUCAACUGCUUGUGUCCAUGAAUUCUCCAGAUUUUUCUGGCGCCUUUGCCGGACAUUUGGCAAAAUUUUUACCAACACUAAGGUAAAACCUCAGUUCCAGGAGAUUUUAAGACUGUCUGAAGAAAACAUUGAUUCCUCAGCAGGAAAUGGGGUCCUCACUAAAUCUACAGUCCCCAUUUAUGCAACAGGAGUCCUUACGUGUUAUAUUCAGGAAGAAGACCGAAAACUGCUGGUUGGGUUUUUAGAAGAUGUAAUGACCCUACUCUCAUUGUCUCAUGCUCCUCUUGAUAGCCUAAAGGCUUCUUUUGUGGAACUGGGUGCAAAUCCGGCCUACCAUGAGUUACUGCUAACUGUUCUGUGGUAUGGUGUUGUCCAUACUUCAGCACUUGUGAGAUGCACUGCUGCUAGAAUGUUUGAGCUGUUGGUGAAGGGGGUGAAUGAAACUCUGGUAGCUCAGAGGGUUGUUCCUGCUCUCAUUACUCUCUCCAGUGACCCUGAAAUCUCUGUCAGGAUUGCUACAAUUCCUGCCUUUGGCACUAUUAUGGAAACAGUAAUCCAAAGAGAGUUGCUGGAAAGAGUAAAAAUGCAGCUGGCUUCUUUCCUGGAAGAUCCUCAGUAUCAAGAUCAGCACUCUCUGCACACAGAGAUCAUAAAAACGUUUGGUAGAGUUGGGCCUAAUGCAGAACCCAGGUUCCGAGAUGAGUUUGUUAUACCACAUUUGCAUAAGUUAGCCUUAGUGAACAACUUACAAAUUGUGGAUUCUAAAAGACUGGAUAUUGCUACCCAUCUAUUUGAAGCCUACAGUGCACUUUCCUGUUGUUGUAUCCUUGCUUUGUUACAGUGUGUCUGCCUUUACAAUGAACUUACACUUGUGAAAUGUAUAAAAUUUGCAUGUUUAGUGUCCUUUGGCUCUGUUUACUUCAUGUACACCAGAGAAAUGAAAAAAUGGUUUUGGCUUUUGGUUGCUUUUCAUGACUUAUAUUUCUUUCCCAGCUCGAUGUCGAUUGCUGCCAGCUUAGUAAGCGAAGACACGAAGACCAAAUUUUUGAACAAAAUGGGCCAGUUGACAACAUCAGGUGCCAUGUUGGCCAACGUGUUUCAGAGAAAGAAGUAGAAGAAGAAAAGAAGCCCCUGAUAAACACUAAGAUGGACCUCGAGCAGACCAGUUCCUUGUACUUGAAGUACUUGCCUUUUUUAUUUCUCAGUUUUAUGUUACUGCAUUAUAAUUUUAUCCUAACCUCCAAAGAUAUUUGCACUGCUUUUGAUUAUUGCUGUAUUAUCUGUUGAUUUGGGGAUUACAACUAUGGUAUUAGAAGAUUGAUUUGAUGGUCUGUACCAAGUCCCUCUUCUAUGUUCUUAUAUUUGAAAAUUGUUUUAUGUAUAUAUAUGUAUAUGUACAUAUAUAUACAUAGUAGAAGGUUUUUGUUUUUGUUUUUUGUCUUUUAUUUUUGGAUGGGAUAUUAGCAAAUAUCUAUUAUACUCUAAGCUGUUACAAUGGUACUUAAAAUAAUGUAAAUUGAAGUCAUUGUUAUAAAGUAAUAAAAGUGGAGAUUACGUAAGUAUUUAAAUUAUGGAAGAAUAAUGUCGACUUUUUAUUGUUUCUUAACUGACUAGAAAGAGCCACCAGCAUUACUCUGUGCCUUUUGGACUUGAGCGUGUGAGUUCUGUAGGGAUUGCGUGCAUUCCAUUCACACAGUAUUUCCUUAGGCUGCUGUGAUGAACUUGAAUUCCAGAUCCUACAGUAAUUAGAUAAUGAAACGUCCAACAUUUCCGAGCUCUCAUGAAUAUUCUUUAAGUGCUAUUUAAACCUCCCCAACACUUACAUGCGUAUAAUGGACUUAGCUGAAGAAAGACUGCACUGAAGCACUGGGGAGUAGUUAUCCAAGGUGAAUUCUAGUAGAUUCAAUUGCUCAAAAAUAAAUGUAACUAAGAAGAGCUAAUAAUUGUGUUUCCACCCAAAAUUGAAAUGCAGAAGAAAAUGUGGUUUAAAUCUAAAAUUUAACACUUAUGCAAAACAUUUUACUUAAGAGGUUUUCUGGUGAUUUUAAUUUUACUUUUCCAUCCUGUGUGUUACAGAGAAGUACUGCGAAGUUAAGGACAUUUUGGGACUGCUUUUUUUCCCUCUGAACUGAAAGCGACAUUAACUAAAUUAUUAUUGGUUAGUUGCUACCUUAUCCCUUAAAGUCAGUGACGAUUCUUGUGUUUGGUAUAUUUCCGUAGCCAAAAGUUAAUGUACAGUUCCACUGGGAUUUGAUGGCUUUCAUACAGUAAUACAACUUAAAGUAGAAAGGAGUGCUGGACAUUGGGGUGCUUGGUUUGAGGGAUUAUUGUGAGGCCUUUUUGAAAAAUGAAUAUUUUGAUAAAGAGAAUUCUCAUUUGAGCACAGUUGAUACAUACAGGGAUUCUCCUAUUUGUUGUAUAAAGCGGUUUAGUACACUUGGAAUAUAGUUGGAUUACAUUCACUUCCUGGGAAAGCUAGGUUACCACACAUUCAAGCUUAGAAAAUGAUUUGCCAUAGGCAAAGCCAUUUUAAAAGUUUAUUCUGAAACUUAUUUCUUUUACCUACCAUGAAAUGAUUGUUGACUAACUGGUCUUUCUGAAAACUGUUGGAUUCUAGGCAUUCCUGAGAAGUUGAAAGUGGCUACCUUUCAUGUCAAAAAUGUUGAUCUAUUAUAAAUAAAAUGUUUUUGCAUACUUGU